AAACGCGAGACAGCCGUUAACGAAACACGCGUCUCUGUGAAGCGGCUUUUUAUACCCGAUCAUAGUCUAAUUAAUAAGAGAAAUCGGAUUAAUUUAUUUUUAAAAACAAGUGAAAUCAUAUGCCGCUGAUGAAAAUCCAUAAGUUAGAUUGUGAGAGUUUAGAACUAUACGAUUCAUGAUUCAUUUUAUUUUAUGCCGCUACAGUGAAGCCAGCAUUGACGGUUAAGUUGUGUGUGUGUGUGUGUUAGUGUAUAAAAAAAAAUUUUGGCGUACUGACUCCAUAUACAUGAAAUAUUUCGCUUACAACAUUUAUUUCACUUGAAGAUGUCAAGUCCUACUAAAAUUCAAGCAAGUCCCAAAGGAAUUCGUGAAGGAACAAGAGUUAUUUUACGUGAAAUUACAGCUACUUUGAAUAAUUCUCCACCUUCAAAAUCACACAUGAGUGGCAACGAGACUUUUAAAAAAGCAACACCGGAGCACGAAGUAAAAGUUAAUUUUGCUCGUGAAUUCGCUGAUGCAGAAAGUUAUCCAUCGGCUGUAUGUCCAACGACAGUAAUUACACCAGCUGAAAGUAACAGUAUAUCAACGGCAAGCAGUUUUCAAAGUUUAACAUCAACAUUAAGCACUAAAAGCAGCAGUGGAAUUUGUGUAGACAGUCCGUCAAGAUCAAACGACAACUCAUACAGCAAUUUAAAUGACACUGGAUUAGAUGAUUUGAUAUCAGCUUGCGCGCGAAUUCGUCUUGAAGACACAACAACUUUUAACGCUGAUCAAUCAUUUGGAGAUGUAACAUUUGCAUCAGCAACUGACGAAUUACAAUUAGAUCGGACUGUUAAUAUCACUCGUUCAGGUACAGCAUCACCAGUUCCCGGCAAUGAAACCCAAACAAUUGAUACGCAUGCCAAUGAAACUAAAAUUAUUAGUUCAAAUUCUCCAAGUCCUUGUGAUUUAAACAGUACUUGGAAUUCAAAUGCAAAUGUUUUACCAGCUGAUACACAUAUUGUAAAUAAUGUUGAUAAUAAUCCUGCAUUAAAUACUUCAGCUGAACAAAUUUCUCCAGAGUAUUCAACCGCGACUGAUUUGCAUACACAUUUUUCAAUAAAUCCACCAGUUAAUGCCAUCAAUGACGAACCAGUUGAUUCUUCUCAAUAUCUUGAAGCUCUAGAAUCAAAUCUUACAAAUGAUUCCCAAGUAUUGACAUCACCAAUAUCAAGUGAUUGUUUAAAUGAUAAUAGUGAGUUUAAAAAACCAGUAGCAGUUAAUAAGUCAACGGUAUCAGAGAACGUACUGACUGUCUCAUUUGAACCAUUAGAAUCAGAAAAAUAUAUUGAAACGAAAUUUGAUUUUUUUGUUAGCUCUGCUCCUGCUGUAAAUGAAACACCUUUUGAUACUCUGAAUAAUUUGGAAACUAUCAACUCGCUGGCGAUUGAAACUGGUAAAGAAGAAGUAAUUUCUGAAGGACCGACAACGAAAUCAACUGAAGAAUUUGACACAUUACCGGUGUUGAAUAAUACUGAAAUUAUCGAGUUUGAUAUUCAGGCAAAAACUCCCAAUGAAUUUAUAGAGGAAGCAAAAAAUUUUGAAGAUAAAAUAUCAUUGGAUGUUAAUAAGGAAUCAAAUGAACGUCCAAGUGAUUUAGAUUCAACUUUACUAGUAGAUAGCAUUCAUUUUACUUUAUCUCAUGAGGAUUUACAAGAAGCAUUAGCUAGUGAAGCUGAAGUUAAAGAAGAUAAAAAUAUAACUACUUGUACGGCAACUGAAGGCUUGAAUUUACCAAAUGAUUAUGGUGAUUUUACACCUCAACGUCAAAGUACGACUUUAGUUACUGAUAUUUUUAAAAAAAAUAUAGAAACUGAAGAAUCUUUUAAAAAUAUUGAUAUACCGGAUUCAAAGUACUUUGGUGUUGAAAAUGACACACCAUUAGGUGCGCCAUUGGAUUUUGAAAAGUUAAAAUUAGAAGCUGAAACAAUUGUCAAAGAUAUCCAUAAUACAUCUGCGGAGCUUGAGAAAGAAACAUUUGUUCCUGCAUCACCCGAACUGUUUCGUGAUCCAUCACAAGUUGAUUUCUUUCUGGAGAAAACCGGAAACGGUCGUGGUGACAGAUUAAGAAGUGAUUCGCUCUUUGCUAACUUCGAUCCACUGGUAUUGAAAUCGAGUAUGUUACCACAAGGAAAUGGAGCGAGUCCUCCAGCGUCAAAUGAUGAACAAAAUGGUGAAAAAGAGACAUCGUUGCCUAAUAAUAUAACGCCUAAACGUAAUCCAGCUAUUGCAGCUAUAGAUAGAUUAUUAUUCUACAGUCCAAUGACUCCGGAUAAUAUAAAAAACGUGGAAUCUGAAAAGAUAGAACCCGUUGAAAAAACUGUAUCACCUCCUGUACCUGUCGUUGACUCAGCAAUGGCCGAGGAAUUGGAACUAGUUAGAUCGACUGUUUUACAAUUGGAAGAGCAAUUGGAAAAACAGAAACACAGUUACGAUAAACAGUUGGAUGAAAAAGAUAAAAAAAACAAAUCUUUACAAGACACUAUCAAUCAAUUGCAGAAACAGUUAGCACAGGAAAUAAAAAAUAAAGAUCAGAUUGCUGUUAUUGUCGAUGAACAUGAAAAAUCGAUAAGUCGAUUAGUUGCGGAGAGAGAAAAAAAUCGCAAUGAUAUUGAUGCAGAGAAAGCUUUUCUUCUUGAAGAGCUUGCUGAAACUAAAAAACAUUUAGAGGCAUCUGAAGCGUCGUUCAAUGAUGUUCAUUCUAAAUAUGAAAAAAUGAAACAAGCAAUGAUAUUGUCUAAUAAUAAUGAAGCUACUUUAAGAGAGAGUCUUGAGAAUAAUAUUGAAGUGAUGAAAGGCUUACAGAAUCGCUAUGAACAAAUAAAACUUCACGCUGCAGCACGACUUGAUAAAGCUAAUCAAGAUUUAGAAGUAAUGCGUAAGCAACAUGAGUCAGAAAUAAUAAAAUUACGAGCGAUGUUGAAGAAAGAAGAACUUAAAUGUAAUUCGCUAACAGAAAUGAUCGAUCAAAAGACAAAAGAAAAUAAAGAACUCACGAAAAUCCUCGAUGAAGUUAUCGCGAGGGUUAAUCCAAGUGAUAAGUAAAUAUAAGAUAACGCAAGCAAUUUUUUUUGUUUAUUUUUAUUUGUUAAUUAAUUUUAAUAUUAAUAAAAAUACAGCCAGCUUUUAAUCGGCUGUAAUUUUGUUAAUAUUUACGCGAUAAAAAAUAAAUAAUUAUAUAUAAAGAAAAAAAAAUAAUUAUAAUAUUGUAAUAAUCGCGUUUGUAAGAUUAAUAGGUUAGUUAAGUGUUUUAAUUUUUUACCAUAUAUAUAUAUAUAUUACUUAUAUUAAAAAAAAAAAAACUUAAUUAAGCAUAAACCCAUUCCUUAUAAAUGUAAAUUUAUUGUCUUGAAUAGGAAGGAAGAAAAAAG